UGGAUUAGACAACAUAAAGGACACCAUAAUAUUAGCUCUCAAUGAAGAUUACUGCGAUACAAAUAAGACGUACACGUUGAAAACUGGCGACGAAAUCGCAGUCAUUCCUCCUUUAAGUGGCGGUUAAAAAUUACAAUUUAAAAAUGAAUUUCUUGAGCUUGUCCAAAGAAAAGCUCUCUGUAGAAAAAAUUAGUGAAAUGGUUACAGCAGCAUCUUGUGGUGCAGUUUCCAUAUUUAUUGGGACAACAAGGGAUAACUUUGAGGACAAGAAAGUUGUUACACUGGAAUAUGAAGCCUAUGAAUCCAUGGCAUUAAAAUCUUUAAAUAAAAUUUGUGACCAAAUUAGAGAACAGUGGAAGGAUGUGGAGAACAUUGCUAUUUAUCACAGAUUGGGUUUAGUGCCUGUGAAAGAAGCAAGUAUUGUAAUUGCAAUUUCUUCACCUCAUCGGUUUGAUGCAAUGAAAGCUACAGAAUGGUGCAUAAAUAGUGUCAAAAAAUUAGUACCUAUUUGGAAAAAAGAAAUCUAUGAGGACACAAAAGGAGAAUGGAAGGAGAAUAAAGAAUGUAUGUGGUCUAAUCAUAAUAGAGAACAUUAAAAUGUAAAAUAAGGAAUUUAGUGCAGCUGUGAUUUUGAUUGUUAUUAUGAAAGUGAAUAGAUUAUAUUCUACAUUUGUUAAAUUAAAACUUGUUUUUUUUU